AGUAACGUUUGGUUGAGUAGUGCUGUGCAGCAGGGUUUAGUGUCCCUUUAAUUAGUCUGUGGGUGAACUAAGAACGUGUCUAUACACUAUUGUUGGCCGUACUUGAGUCUGGACUAUGUGAUAGGCUGUGAGAACAUGAUUUCUGCCUUUGCACAGCAGGAAGUAUAUCUCGGGCUUUCAUAACUGAAGAAUUUUUUUCUCCUUCCUGUUGAAACUCUUUGCCUCUGAGUCAAACUUAGAUACUGCGGUGUUCUGUACUGAUCUUCCUCUUUGUCCUCGUAUUCCUAUGCUUGGAGCCUAGGAGGGACACAUCUACGCAUGCCCAAGAGCUAGCAAUUUGGUUCCAGGCUACAAGGGAGACAAAGCUCAGCUGCUUUGGUUCUUCCAACAAAAGAGCUGAAAAUGAAAGUGUUUGUGACUGUGAUCCCAGGGAUCCAGAGGGAGAAUUCUGCCCGUGUUGUACAAGUGAAAAACAAGCAGAUUAUCCUGCGGGAUCCUCAUCAAGGUUCCAAGGAAGAAGAUCAUGGAGAGGAAUUUGAGUUUGAUCAUUGUUUCCAGGCUGUUACUGAAAAUGAUGCAGAGGAUGAAAUACUCAAGGAGCUUGGGAAGGAAAUCCAGAAGAACAUCUCUCAGGGAUGCAACUCUUGUAUUUGUGCCGUGGGGCAGAGAGUGUCCGGAGAACCAUUGUCUGAAAUGGGCAAACUGCAAGGUUUGGCCUCGGAGAUCUGCAAGGGUUUGUUUACUGGUGAGCAAGAUGGCGGCACGUCAUUCAUCGUGAAGGUCUCUUUUAUGCAGAUAUACAGCGGAGAGGUCAGGGAUCUCCUAUCACCAAGUGGGGAAGCCAGAGUGUUUAAGGUUUGUCAACAGAGAGAAUUAAAUGCCUAUAGGGAUGGAACUUCCCAGCAUGUUGUUAUAAACCCAGCUGAUUUCAAAGAAAUUCUGAAAAUGGGAACCAAAUGUAGAAGCACAACCGCAACCACAAGUCCUUCCCCCAGCAUGGAUGGAGCACAAAGCAGCCUGUCCUAUACAAUUUGUACUCUUUUUAGAAUUUAUAAGGAUUCUGGGUCGGGUACCUCUAUGGGGCGGUGCAUUAGGGUGAGCCUGGUGGACAUAGAAGGUAGUGGGAGAAUACCCAGACCAGUGUGUAGGGAUGGAGGGCAGGAAGACUGUAGUAAUUAUGUGCCCUCUGCUGACCUAUCUGUACCCUACAGUGACCCUGUGCUCCCCUGGCUUUUCUCAGACUUUGUGGGAGAGAAGUGCAAGGUGGUCAUGAUAGCCUCCAUCAGUCCCACGGCAGAAUGUUAUCGGGAAACGAUCGCCACUCUCACGUAUAUAAAUACAGCUAAGAAUUUAUCUGAACAAUGGGAUACAGAGUCACAUGAUAGAAAUGAGGAGCUAUCAUUGGAGCAGCGGGGGGAAAGGAGAAACCAACAAGCAAGAGUCUUCUUUAUUGAUAAAAAUAUGAAUUCCAGUUUCAUGGAAGAUCUCAUGAGUAAUAUGGCUGAAGAAGGUCAUAGACCAUCCCUUUUGAAACUUUACGACGAUCAUUGGAAACUUGCUGCUGAAAUGGCAUCGACUAUCAUAUUCUGUCACUUUGGGACAUCAGAAGAGGCCAUAGAGCUUUUAUUUCCAUAUCUGGAGCAUGUUAUCAGCACACAUGAUCCCAGUAAAAUAAAGGUGAUUCUCACUGAUGUGGAAGAUCCUAAGAAGGUGCAGGCCUGGUGGGAUCAGCGACCAUUUUCUAAGUGCAAACUGGAAUGCAUCAGAAAAGAAGAUGGGACCCGGCAGGAUCAUACAGAUAAAGAAAUGAAGGGAACCAUGUCCUUAAAGAAGCAGCAGCCCAAACCUCAGAUAGUUGGGAUCUUCUCCCGAUUUGCCGAGAGUGAUUACCAUUGGCUGAAAGCUCUCCUCAUAUCAGAGUUCAGCCAUUUAGUAAAGGAUGUCAGGCCCUGUCACAUCUCUAACAAUGGACGUAGGCAGUUCUGGGAAGAUGUCUCUCAGUGUACAGUCGGGAUCCUGUAUCACACCAAGAGAAGUGGGAGAUUAAACAUCACUGAUGUCCAAGACUCUCUCUAUGAUGAGGAGCUGGAAUAUAUGUCUACUGAGCUGGGGAAGGAGAAAGUCAUUGUGCUAGCCGAUGAUCUGAACAAUAGUAGCCCAGAGGAGAAAAGCAGAAUCCUAAUGAAUCAGCCCAAAAUUGGGAUCUACGCCUGGGAUCUGGUGAUCCUCACUCCCAAAGAGAAGGAGAAUAAAAUGAUGACGAUGGGGAAGAUGAAGAGCCUUGAAUGUAUUCUACAAGGCAAACGUGUGUUACCAUCAUGAACCAAGACCAGAAACAAGAAGAAGCGAAUAAGAAGAAUGGAAAUACACAAAUGCCAGUACCUGCAGUAACUCAUGGGAUGGCCACGAAAGAAUCUUUGGCCUUGUAAUCAGAUAAGGACCUGAUACAGUAUAUGGGCAUUAGGCUGUAAUAUUCAAACUAACUGAUACAUGUCUAUAGAAUCAUUUUAUCUAUAUUUGUACUUACUAAAGCCCAAUCUGCCAAAAAUCUUGGAUGGUUUUCUGUGACUCCAUGACAACUUACGGCAGCUUGGUGUGACUGCAGGAUAACUAUAUCAACUUUAUUAUGGCUCUGUGCACCUCUAUGAUCAAAAUAAAGAUACCGUAUAUACUUGAGUAUAAGCUGAGUUUUUCAGCACCCAAAAUGUACUGAAAAAUUAACCCUUUGGCUUAUACUCGAGUCCCUCCAGCUAGUACCCUCUGCUACCUGAUAUCCCACUGCCCACGCCAACCCCGGACCCCCUGUGCGCUCUUUUGCGCGCGGCUCCUUCCUGACUCCUUGCUCCGCCCCCGGCAUGACGUCACACGCUCCCUACAUGUCACAUGUACAUUUGAUCAUUGGGAUCUAUGGAACAUGCACUAUUUGUAUAAAAACUGAAAAAGUAAGUUUUAUACUUUUAUCAGCUAGGUAACUUCAUUUAAAAUACAGAGCUUUGAUUUCUUAGAACCCGGGGCAAAGAAUUAAAAGACAGAGAUUAUCCUUUCAAGUGAUUUUAUCAAGCAUAGAAAAUUAUGAUGAAUAAAUGGCUUUCUGUAUAAACUAAUAAUAUACAUAUUUGUAUAGAAUGACAUCAUAUGUUGCCUAUGUCACAAUGCAGAGGUGCUGAUUAGUGAUGAGCGAAUCUGUUCCGUUUUGCUUCGCCGAAAAAU